GCGAAUGGCAAUGAACAAUCAAAAUCAAACAAAAACCAGCAAAUUUGAUAAAACCAGUGGUAUGUUCUAUGGCUUAGGCCUUGCAGUAGUAGCUCUAGCGACUUCAUGGCUUCUUCAUAUUCAAGUUGUUGCUUCUUCUUCUGUUGCUCCUCUGCAUCAGUACCCAACCCAUCCUCAACCACACGCUUUUCCUUAUCUUUUUCUCACUCUAUCCUUGGUGGGUACAACGGAAUUUCACUGAGCAGAGCUGGGUCUAGCUCAAGGAUAUGUGCCAAGCUUGAUAAUUUCCAAGGCGAGCCUGCCCAAGACAGUCCUAAAGCCAUCUCACCAUCUACUUUACCGGCAGAGCCACAAGCAAUUCAAGAAGAAGUAGAAGAGGAAGAAGCUGACAGCUGCUUGCCUUCUGACUUGGAGGGGGCAGUCCGGCAAUCAAGUCAAGCAACUGCCUUAUUUCUGUCUUCAGGAGGAACGAGAGCCAUAGUUGAGCUCCUAAUUCCCCAGUUGCUGUUUCUAGAUGAUGAAGGUGCACAAGCUGAGCUCUGGGAAUUGUCAAGGACUUUCUUGGAUACAUUAAUUGCAGAAACAGGAUCUCAGAGAAUCAAAGCCAUAUUUCCUGAUGCUGGUGCUGCUGCACUUCUAAAGUACCGGUGGAAAGAUGCUGCUUUUGGAUUUUCUAGCUUAAGUGAUCGGAAGCCUGUAGAGAGUGAAGACGAGAUUGUGGUUAUGGUUGUUCCUGAUUAUCAGAUGUUGGCAUAUGUAGAGAGAAUUGCAUCUAAUCUCUCAGAUGAUCCGCCGAGGCCUCUCAUCAUGUGGAACCCACGUCUCAUCAGUGAGGAUGUCGGAGUUGGGUUUAAUGUUCGGAAGUUAAGGCGGUAUUUUCUACGAACCUUUACAACAGUCUACUCAAUGAGACCUCUGCCAUCUGGUGCUGUUUUUAGGUGUUAUCCAGGAUCAUGGAAGGUGUUCUUUGAUGAUAAGGAUAGGCCAAACAGAUACCUGCUUGCCAAGGAACUCAUAAGCCGUCCUGAUGCUGAGGAUCUUGAGAUAAUAUUUGGAAAUGUAGAGGAGAAAUCAGAGCAAGGCCCAUCUUUGUUUACUAAAGCUGCAAGCAUCUUCUCUUCUCUAAAUCGGUUCAUGAAGAUAAUUUCGAAAUAAUCAUUUUUUAUUUUUAUUUUUUUUCCGUGCAUUUGCUCAAGAUCAAUGUAUUUCAAUCCUACAUUUCUCUGUAAAAUCUGUAGCUUGAAUUCUACAUUGCAGCCCAUAAUACAUACAUUUAUAUGACACAA